UCAAAGCGUUACUUGCACGCCACCGCCUAUGCGUUAUUGACCUCCCAGCCCGUCUGGAGCCGUCGUCCAAUCCCUCCGAUUUCCGCCUCUCCUCAGAAUUCAUUCCCGGUUCAACGUUUCCGCUCGGCGCUUUCCCCGAUCCCGCACGCGAUGUCCCAGACUAUUGAACUCAGGGUUGGCAUGUCCUGUGAAGGAUGUGUUGGAGCUGUUAAGCGGGUUCUCAGCAAAAUGGAAGGUGUUGAGUCUUUCGAUGUAGACAUCAAGGAACAGAAGGUCACUGUGAAGGGUAAUGUGACCCCAGAUGCUGUUCUGCAGACUGUUUCGAAGACAGGCAAGAAGACUGCGUUCUGGGAUGCUGAACCUGCGAACAAGGAACCAGUGGCAUCUGCUGUUUCGUCAUAAAAAGUCAUUGACCUCUGUUAUAUGGAUCGUGUGAAGUCUGAUGUAACAAUCUCCCAGUUCAAAUGCUUUGCAAGACCAUAAAUUAGCCGAACCGGAUGGUAUUUACCAUUCAUGUACUAAUAAUUGAACAAUAGCAAACUGCUUGUUACGUUUGUACAUUACAUCUGGUAUGCUUGGUUUUCCCUGCAAUUUGAUUCGAUCGAUUUGAAAGAUGUGAUACCAGUAAUGGGUUUGUACA